GCUUAUAUAAAUGGAGGAGGGAGAGCAAGACAAAAAGCAUGAGUUGUUGAAUUUGGUUCCUCUGUUCUGUUUCCUAUAGCUGGUGAAAAAUGUCGGGCCCUCAGUGCUGCGAAAACCCACCAACCCUGAAUCCGAAAUCCGGGUCGGGUCAUGUCGAGAAGCUCGGUGGCCUCGAUGCCUAUAUAGUUGGUUCGCCUGAUUCAUCCCGUGCGAUUCUUCUCGUCUCUGAUGUUUUUGGAUAUGAAGCUCCAAACUUGAGGAAACUUGCGGAUAAGGUUGCAGAAUCUGGAUUCUAUGUGGCGGUUCCUGACUAUUUCUAUGGAGAUCCUUGUGAUAACAAAAAUCAGGACCGGCCUCUCGCUGUCUGGAUAAAAGACCAUGGAGCAGAUAAGGGAUUUGAGGACUCAAAGCCAGUAGUUAAAGCCUUGAAGAGCAAAGGCAUAACUUCUAUUGGAGCAGCAGGGAUGUGUUGGGGCUCAAAAGUCGUGGUGGAACUGGCUAAAUCACUUCCAAACAAGAUGUAUCUGAAGCAAAGGCUAAUAGACUUCAAGAUGGAUGCUACAAAGUCAAUAGAAGACAAUGUUGAUGUCUUCAAGAAACUAGUUAAUGAUCUCUCAAAUCUGAAAAUAGAGGUCGCAAAAGAAGACCAAGUCCUGAUUCUGUUGAAUUCUCUGCCAGACCAAUAUGACCAGCUAAAGGAUACUCUCAGGUACAACAGAAGAGAGACUAUCACCUUGGAUGAAAUAACAAGUGUCGCAUAUUCCAAAGAGCUGGAACUUGCAGCAAAAGGGACGAGAGCUACUGCAGAAGGGCUUGUAGUUAGAGGAAGAUCAGAAAAAAGGAACUCAACAGGGAAUAAAUCAAGGAAGAAAUCAAGGUCCAAAUCAAGGAGUAAGUCAGAAACAGAGUGUUGGUUUUGCGGGAAAGAAGGUCACUUCAAAAGAGAUUGCAGAUCGAGAAAGAAGCAUUUCGAAGAACAGGCCAAAGAAAUCGGCGAAGCAGCAGCAGUUACCCAGUCAAUUCUAGAAACUGAGCAUCUCAGAUUUGGAACCUAAAGAGCAGUGGGUGUUGGACUCCGGAUGCACAUUUCACAUGUCCCCAAGAGAAGAAUGGUUUGAAAACCUAACACUUCAAGACUGUGGGAAGGUACUCAUGGAAAACAAUGUUUCAUGCCAAAUCAGAGGAACAGGAACUGUAAGGAUUAGAACCCACAACAAUACAGUGAAAGUUCUAAAGAAUGUGAGAUAUACUCCUGAGCUAAAAAGGAAUCUAAUCUCAUUAGGUUCGCUGGAUCUUCAAGGACUGGCAUACAAAGCACAAGGAGGUAAGCUGAAGUGAUGAAUAGCUCGCUAGUAAUCAUGGUUGGCAUAUUGGACAGAGGACUCUAUAUUCUAAAAGGAGAGACAGUUGUGGGAGCAGCCCACAGUGUUAGCACAAGCUCUGACGAGACAACUUUAUGGCACAGGAGACUGGGACAUAUGAGUCCAAAAGGCAUGGAACUCAUAGUCAAGAAAGGUUACUUACAGAAGGCCAAGGUAGGAAAAAUGGAAUUCUGUGAAGCCUGUGUAUUAGGUAAAACACACAGACUUAGUUUUGGAACAACAAAUCAUUCCACAAAAGGGCAUACUAGAAUAUGUCCAUUCGGAUCUUUGGGGAUCAUCCACAGUGACUCCAUCAUUGUCAGGGUCACAAUAUUUCCUCUCGAUUAUUGAUGACUACUCAAGAAAGGUUUGGGUCUACUUUCUGAGAAACAAGAAUGAGGCAUUUGCAAGUUUUUCAGAUUGGAAGACACUGAUAGAAAAUUAGACAGGCAAGAGACUAAAGUGUUUGCGGACAGACAAUGGACUAGAAUUUUGCAACAACCACUUUAAUGAAUUCUGCCGAAACAACGGAAUCGAGAGGCACAGAACUUGCGCCUAUACCCCACAGCAAAAUGGGAUAGCUGAGCGCAUGAACAUGAUAAUAAUGGACAAGGUGAGAUGUUUUCUAAGUGAAACUGGCUUGGAAAAAAAGUUUUGGGCAGAAGCAACAGCCACAGCAGUUCAUUUGAUCAACAAAUCUCCAUCAAGUGCACUGGACUUCCAAGUUCCUGAACAGGUAUGGUCUGAGAAAAGACCAAGUUAUCAUUAUCUUAGGAGAUUUGGGUGUGUUGUAUUUGUUCAUGUAAAACAGAACAAACUGCAACCAAGAGCAACUAAAGGCAUAUUCAUCGGCUAUCCUAGAGGCAUAAAAGGAUACAAGGUCUGGUUACUAGAUGAGGGUAAAUGCCACAUAAGCAGAGAUGUUAUCUUCCGAGAAGACAUGGUCUAUAAGGACCUAAAGUUAGAUGAAGAAUACAGAAUUACCAGACAGAUAGAAGAUAAUGAUCAAGUCCCUAUCACCAUACAAGUUUAGGCUGGAUUCAGGAGAAGAAGCAUUAAGGAAUACACUUCAAGGUGGAGCUAGUGAAGAAAACGAAGUUAGAACCCAGGAACAGAGGGAUCAACCUUCAGAAGACUCAUCUGAAGAUAGUGAUCAUGAAAAUUCAGGGGCUGAUGACUCACAAAACCUGGAGGGUUAUCAACUAGCACGAGAUAGAGAAAGAAGACAGAUACAACCUCCAGUAAGGUACAUAACUAACACUAACAGUAGUAAUGUUGUGUCUUUUGCGUUGAAUGUAGCUACAGGAAUAGAUUCUGAAGAACCAAGAAGCUAUUCUGAAGCUCGAGAAAGCAAAGACUGGAAACUUUGGCAAGCAGCUAUGCAGGAAGAAAUGGACUCACUGCACAAGAAUGAAACCUGGAAACUGGUAUCUAAACCAAACAAACAGAGGGUGAUAGGUUAUAAGUGGGUCUACAAAAGGAAUCAAGGUACUCCAGGAGUUGAGAAACCACGGUUCAAAGCUCGAUCGGUUGCAAAAGGAUAUUCUCAACGAGAAGGAAUUGAUUACCAGGAGAUUUUCUCCCCGGUAGUAUUAUAAUAUAAGAAAUGUUAUGUUUUUAUUAUUUUCAAUAUAUCAAGUUUGUUUUUAUACACGUUACAGAUAAAAAAAAUAAAUUGUUUCAUAUAA